AUGCGCUCAGAUCCACCUUACAAGAUUCCACAAGUGUGAAAUGUGCUCUCGACGCCGGAAUCAUAUCUUUUUUGCCUUUAGUCAACUCUAGCUCUAUCAAGAACACCAAACUUCAAAUCGCUUAGUUCCACUAAACGAUACAUCAUGAAAGCUGGAAGCAUCAAAUCCGCUUCAAUUGACAUAGUCCAUGUAAGUCCAGGGGAGCGGGAGGAUUUCGACAUGGGUGGAACACAAAGUGCAGUGUCCAAUGACUCGAAACACGCCUCCAAUGGGAGUGGCACUGUGGCCUCCAUUGAUUCCGUUGGUCCAAUACGACGGACUACGGCCAUACGACGUCCCAUGCCACCCGAGGAAGAACUCGAAAGACGCUUCAAUGAGGUGCUUAUCCAAAUGGAUUUGCCACCGGAGCGGGCUAAGCUUCUUCGAGGCUUUGAUAACGAGAAAAAAUGGGACAUCAUAUGUGACCAAGAGCAAGUGCACGCCCGAGACCCGCCCUCGACUUAUCUGACCAAAAUUAAGACUUACCUAGAUCCAACGGCUUCCAAAAGUUCCAAGAAGAUCCGAAGUCUCGGGGACAACACCUCCACUCAAGUGCUCCGAAAUCUUGAGAUCUCUUUGCGGACCAAUAAUAUCGAGUGGGUCCGAGAAUUUCUCAACCCCGAGAAUCGGGGGCUAGAUGUGCUAGUAGACUACUUAAAUGGGCGGUUGAUGGUGAUGCGCCAUACUCUGCUAGCGGCAGAUGGAACGGAUUCAAGUGAUUCUGCUUUGUCAUUCGGAACGAUGGAUUCGAAAAAAUCUUCCACGCUAAUGGGAUCCUUGCGGUCCACAACCACGCUCAAAAAGUCCACACACAACACGAGUUUAGACCUGGAAGGACCAAGAAUCUCGAAAUUGAUGCGACAUUCCACGAAACUCAAGAUGGGUGACACCACCGAUGAUAUCCACGUCUGUAUUAUGUGUCUCCGUGCCAUCAUGAACAAUAAGUUUGGCUUCAACAUGGUCAUCAAACACAAGCGAGCCAUUGGGUGCAUCGCUUUAAGUCUUAUUCACCGAAAACUCCGCACAAAAGCUUUAGUUCUGGAGCUCCUGGCUGCCAUUUGUCUAGUCAAGGGUGGUCAUGAAAUUAUCUUAGCCGCCUUCAACCAUUUCAAGGUCGAAAUGAACGAGACUCAUCGAUUUGAGACCCUAAUGCAGUACUUUGAUAAUCCGGAAUCCUUCCAAAUCGAGUUUAUGGUGGCGUGUAUGCAAUUCAUCAACAUUGUUGUGCACUCCGUCGAGGACAUGAACUUUCGCGUGGCUCUCCAAUGGGAAUUCUCAGCUUUGGGCUUGGACGAUUGCUUGGAACGGCUUCGAAACAACGAAUCUGAAGAGCUCUCAGUCCAAAUCUCAGCGUAUUUGGACAACGAAUUUGAUGUAUCUGCGCUCAUGGAAGAGGCAGAUACCAAAAAUGCAGCGUUGGAACGAGUUCAUGAUUUGGAGGAAGAGUUGGGACGGUUGAACGAGCUUUUACAAGAAUUAGAGAGCGAAGCCAUGUCCAAACAAGUCGAACUUGAGAAUGAAAUCCACGAUCUGACACGAGAACGCGAUCUCCUCUUGGAGAAGAGUCAACAAGUGGAAAGUGAUUAUUCCACUUUGCGGAAGACCAUGAGCACCAAGGAAGAAGAUUCCAAGCGGAGACAGUCGCUUCUCGAGGAACGCAUCAAAUCUCUUGAAGCCGAGAAAAGCACACUUUCCAGCUCCGGUGGGCCACGAGCAUCGGCUUCGUCGACAACCGCUGGAGCACCUCCACCCCCACCACCUCCAGCUCCUGCCCCUCCUCCUCCUCCUCCACCCCCGCCACCCAUGGCUUCUGCUGGACCGCCUCCUCCUCCGCCACCGGGGCCACCCCCUCCACCGAAGGCACCCGGAGCCCCAGGAGCACCCCCUCCACCCCCAGGGAUGGGAAACAUGUUACGGACAGAUCCCAAUCUCACCAUCAAACGUGCUGUUCAAACUACUUACAAACUUCCCACCGUACAUUGGGUGGCAUUAAAGCCCAAUGAUACCAAGGACACAAUAUGGUAUGUAAUGGAUGACAUGAAGUUAAUGAACGAUCUAGACUUUGCAUCCUUUGAGGAGGAGUUCAAACUGGACAGUCGACCUAAUAAACGAAGUCAAGUGGCCACUUCGCAGGCAGAUAAUGCUUCUACGCCGAAAAAGGUGCCUGUCAAGCAAUUGGACACAUUGAUGGAGCACACACGACUAAAGAACAUGGCCAUUUGCAAACGAAAGCUCCCGGACAUCCCAAUAUCGGACCUUAUUCGGGCCAUCAAUGCUUUAGACAUUCAAACGCUCUCGAUGGACGCCAUUGAACUCCUUCAACGAAUGGUUCCAUUGGACGUCGAAAUCAAGGCCUACCGAGAGUACAAUAUGGCCAAAAAGGAUGUGGAAAAUCUGACUGAGGAAGAUCGAAUUAUGCGGCAAUUCUCUUGUGUCGAGAGAUUUGCCACUAAGUUGCAAAUCAUGGCUUUUAUGUCGAGCUUUGAGGAGAAUGUGAAGAUGGUGAAGCCUCAAGUGAAUGCGAUAACGUUGGCCUCGAAGUCUCUUCGACAGAGCAAAAAGAUGAAGCGUGUCUUGGAGCUCAUCCUUUGCUUUGGAAACUACAUGAAUUCCACUAAAAAAGGCCCAUGCUAUGGUUUUAAACUUCAAAGUCUGGAUUCACUGACCAUCACGAAGUCCACGGACAAGAAACAAACCCUGGUUCAUUACCUGGCGGAUUUGGUACUGAAGCGAUUCCCCGAGCUCAAAGGGUUUGACGCUGAACUAACUUUUCUGGACAAGGCCGCUCAAUACUCGUUAGAAAACAUUAUGACAGAUGUCAGGGAGUUAGAAAAAGGAAUGGAACUGACGAGACGAGAAUUGGAAAACCGGCUCUCCACUCCAAAUGCCAAGGAUAAAGCCAAAGUGGUUCAAAAUCAGUCCUUGAAAGAGUUUGUGGAUAUGGCCGGCGAGUCGGUGGGGAAUGUACGAUCUGAAGCUGACCGAGCUCAAAAGCUGUUCACCGAUUGUGUGGAAUAUUUUGGCGAGAACCCCAAGAUGAUCGAUGCUAACACAUUCUUUGGCUACUUUGUGCGGUUUAUUGCCACGUGGCGGCAAUCCGAGUUGGACAACGAGAAGCGAAGAAAGCUGCUUCAGCAGAAGCAAUCUCAAAAUCAAAACUCUCAAGAGAAUGAGCGGAACGAGAAUGAAAAGCGAAAUCAAAGGAAGAACCUGCAAAAUGCUCUGAUUAACGAAUUCAAGAACAAGACUGCGGGCAGUGGUGGCGGGGGAGGAGGCGGUAAAAGCCAGAGUCAUAUCAAGCCUGAUGAAGUGAAGGAUGGCACCCUAGAAGACCUGAUCAUGAGCAUGAAAAACGAGCCUUAUCGGGCCAACGUCAACGAUGCCAUGAGGAAAUCAUUUCGUCGACAGCGAAGUAAUCAGAUGACCAUUUCAACGUGCACUGCCGAGAGCGGAGCGCUCUGAUGGCGAGGCAUGGCGAUGAUGCCCAUCUGAAUGUUCUCGUUCCUUUCAUUGUCUUUGGAAAGGCAAUUGCAUUUGUGAUACAAACCCUCCCUUUUCCUUCCUCUCACUCCUUGUAAGAUCAAAACAAAACUACAACAACAACCGAACUAUGGGAUCUCAAUCGGGUUCCAACCAGCUUCAUGGAGGGGCCGAAUUCAUCUCUGGCACAUGCAUUUAGAAAUAUUUUGCCAAUGUGGUGGAGUCCGGAUUGUGGAAAAAGAGUCCAUACCAUUUAUCAAUCAUCAAACGCUCACACCACAGUUUCUAUUCUCUCUAAUUUCUACCAGGUUUUUAAAUCACCGCAAAAAAAAACCGUUAUCCUGAUAAGUUUACGCAUUAAAAUAUAUUAUCCAAAAAUAUA